AUGUUAGAGAGAGACUGGGAGAGUGGUUCCAACAGCUCAUCUUGUCUGAUGGUUUUUGCUGGGGAUAAUGUGUUGGCCCAAAACGUAGAGCAUAAUAUUACCAACCACUACGAAAGCAUCUCUUUUUCUUUUGCUGAGAAGUGGGCGCCUUCUUCUUCUUCUUCUUCUUCUUCUUCUUCUUCUUCUAACUUAGCUUCUCUCAUGGAGAUCCACCAAAACGACGUCGCGGGAGGAGGAAUCAACCCUUAUUCUUCUUCAUCAUCUGCUACUGCUAAGGCCAAGAUCAUGUCUCAUCCUCACUAUCAUCGCCUCUUAGCUGCUUAUGUCAAUUGCCAAAAGGUGGGGGCUCCGCCGGAGGCGGCGGCGAGGCUGGACGAGGCGUGCGCCGCUGCGGCGGCGGCUGCGGCGGCGAUGGGCCCCACAGGCUGCUUGGGUGAAGAUCCGGCACUCGAUCAGUUCAUGGAGGCUUAUUGUGAGAUGCUCAUCAAAUACGAACAAGAGCUAUCUAAGCCUUUCAAGGAGGCCAUGCUCAUCCUCCAACGCGUCGAGUGCCAAUUCAAAUCUCUCUCUCUCUCCUCUCCUUCACCUCUCUCUGGUUGUGGUGAGGGAAGUUCUGAUAGAAGUAACAAUGUCUCUCCGGAGGAAAUGGUUGACAUGAACAGCGACUUCAUAGAUCCGCAAGCUGAGGAUAGAGAGCUAAAGGGUCAGCUCCUGAAAAAGUACAGCGGUUACUUAGGCAGCCUCAAGCAAGAAUUCAUGAAGAAGAGGAAGAAAGGGAAGCUCCCGAAAGAAGCUCGCCAACAAUUACUCGAUUGGUGGAACCGACACUACAGAUGGCCUUACCCUUCGGAGCAGCAGAAGCUGGCGCUGGCGGAGUCAACGGGGCUUGACCAGAAGCAGAUAAACAAUUGGUUCAUAAACCAGAGGAAACGCCAUUGGAAGCCGUCGGAGGACAUGCAGUUCGUCGUCAUGGACGCAACCCAUCCUCACCAUUACUACAUGGAAAACGUAUUGGGAAAUCCUUUUCCGAUGGACCUCUCUCCCUCCAUGCUCUGAUCACAUCACAUCAUCCUUCCUCUUCUACGUACGCUUUUCAACUCAUCUAUGUCAUAUAUAUAUAUAUAUAUAUAUAUAUAUAUAUAUAUAUAUAUAUGUGUAUGUAUGCAUAUGUAUACUUAAGUUAUAUAUGUGGUCAAAUAACUCGUUGUUAAACUGCUUUCUCCAAGUAUUUGUGUUGGGUUUGAUCAACCGAGUGGCUCGGGCGAGGGAAUUUGUGGAUUUGGUAUACAUGGUCCGAGGACCGAAAACUAUGGACGUUGUGUUAAGUGUUGAUCUCCUCGAUGAUCUGCCCCUUUUUUUUUAUCCUAUCCAAGAUGUCUUGAGAGUUUGUAGCCCUUGUCUUAUUGUUUCGUAUGAUUGGUAGUGUUCAUGACAA